CUUGCAACCAGAGCUCCCUCCCUAGACCAAAAGCAAAAAGCGUAGGCGGCUCUCAGGAGGAUCCCCAAGGCGACGGUGGAAGUGGUCGGCCAGCGGGCGCGGUCGAUCCCAUCCGUCCACCAUCGGUUGUGGUGGCGUGGUGGACACGACGCCGUCAUCAGGUCUCGAGAGACAGUCUCGCUGAGUUACAAGGCCUUGGCGUUUUUCAAGGCAAGAUCCGGAGCUCAGCGGGCACAGGAUCUGGCUUCAAUCUCCGAGAGCUUUCUUUUGCCGCAAGCAGCAGGAGUACCAGCAGAUAGUGUAGCAACAACCGGGGAGGGUGAGAAUACACACACACACACACGAGAGAGAGAGAGAGAGAGAGAGAUGUCAAUCAGUGGGGAUUCAUGGCACAAGGUGUCCUCCGAAACUCCAGAAGACAACACCAACGAGAGCGACCCUGCUCCACCCCAGCAGAAGCAGCAGCAGCCGCAGUCGCAGCAGCCGCGGCUUAUAAUUUCGGACUCGAACGUGGAGGAAGGUAGCGCAGGAGUUUUGCUGAGGCUCCGCGGUGGCCUGACCCUGCUGUUCGUGGUGGCUGUGUGGGUCAUCGGGGCACUUGCGCCCCUGGUUGCAUGCGCCUUGAUUUGGGUCGGCAGCCGCACGGCGUACACGGUGCUGGCUGGUCUGUUCGCAGCCGGCGUUUUCCCCUACGUGGCCAAGGGUAGCGGCAGUAAAGAGAACGGCGACGUCGGCUGGACGGAGUUCCGGCACGCGAUCCCCCGGUGGUCGCAGUACUGGCACAAGUCCUGCGGCCGCGUGUACGAGAAGGAGGGGCCUGAAUCGUGGGACAACAUGCCCCCGACGGUAUUCUGCUACCACCCUCACGGAGUCUUCACCCAGGGAUACAUCAUCAACGGGAGCAUGAACGAGGAGCUGCCUAAGAUCCUCGGUCUUCUCGCCACCGCCCUGUACCAUGCCCCGCUAUUUCGGCUGGUGUUUGGGAGGUGGGCGGGGUCUUGUGCACCGUCAUCCAAGCAGGUUUUCCUGGACCAGAUGCAGAAGGGUCUCUCGUUCGGCAUCAUCCCAGGGGGAUUCCAAGAGGCCACGCUGUCUAAGCUAGGAGAGGACCACGUUUGGAUGAAGAAUCGCAAGGGAAUUGUUAAGUACGCGCUCCAGUCUGGCUACCGGCUUCGACCCUGCUUUACAUUUGGAGAGUCUGACACCUACUGGAACGCCCAGGGCAUGUGGAAGCUGCGACUGUGGAUGUCAGCCAAGAAUUUUCCCGGCGUUUGCCCAUGGGGGACGUGGUGGUGCCCCCUAUUGCCCCGGCGAGUGAAGUUGAUGACGGUAUUCGGCGAGCCUCUCGCCUUGCCUAAGAUCGAACAACCAUCGCCCGAGGACGUGGACAAAUGGCACGCUGCCUACGUCGAGGAGUUGAAAGCUCUGCACGGCCGCCACAAGGCGAAGUAUGCCUCCAACCCACAACUGGAGUUGAAGGUGUUGUAGGGUUGUUGGGCGAUCAAAAGGGGGUAAUGAUGUGUUUCCUUUCCGUUUUUCCCAGUAUCCUUUGGUUUGCUUUGUUUGUUGUUAGUCGUGACAAUGUUGCGGUAGUUAGCUAACGUUAGUGUGAAAAGGGGUGUUAGAUGUUGCUGUUCGAAUUGAGUAAUCAACGAUGGACGUCGCCCAGUACCGGUUGCUUCUUUCAUUAUCGAUACUGUAGGUGGCGUCUUGUUUUGUGCGUUUCGUUGUUUCGCUUUUGUACUAAAGUACAGACAAGUCACGGACGAUCAGAAUUGAGUCUUGUGAUUGUGACUGAGACACGGAGAGCACGGCAAUACUUUUCACUCUCUUACACGCGCCAUUCAUGGUACCCGACAUGUAUGCGUACCAUGAUUCAUUAUUCUUGUUCCACACUGCAGCUGUCAUCGUGAGAUUUAGGAUUUGGAAGGGAGGUGGUUCACGGCUUCUGUUGUUGACGUUCCACACUGAGCAUUAUAGCACACCACGUGUUCGUUUGUGCUUCCUCUUCCCUCGUGUGCGGAGGAGUCAGGGAUUCGAUGCAUAAGACGCGACCGCAUAUGCUGGUAACUGACGCGUUCUAAUGCUUGAAGGAACAGCGAGCGCGCUCACGCUGUAGGUCGAAGAGCAUCGGCGGAGGAUGCACUUACUGGGCUCUUCCAACGAAGCACGCACUCGACACCGUACGUAGUUGUAAUUUUUUAUUUUUUAUUUGGAUGGACGCAGAAGGUCUAGUGUAUUGGUCGACCAGGCUGAGGUGUUUGUUUUCUUUCUGCGAGCGGGUAGCUGCCUCAUCAUACAAAGACCAUCCUCAUGAGUGACUCUGCAAGGGACUAUUUUAUUGGUCAACAGUUUACAAGG